CUGAUCCUCGGAGUGUGUGCGUGCAGACGCGUGUGUGUGUGAGAGAAGGAGAGGAAGGAACAGACGAAAGAGACCUGCGCACACACAGACACUCGCUCUCUCUCUCACACACACACACACACACACACACACGCGCGCGCACACACGCACACACACACUCUCGCUCUCCUCCUCUCUCUUUUCGCGGAGCCGGGAGAACCGGGAAGGGAAGAAUGAGGAAGAGGUCCGCUGCGCCGCGCGCCUCCUCUCAGCUAAUGCGGGUUUGCUGAUGAAGCGCCGCUCUGGUCAUCCGAUCAUACAGGUCACUCAGGUCGCGCUGCAUGGAAACGAGGAGUAGGCAAGAAGAGCAAAAGAUAAGAGAAACAAAUAAGGGGUGGUAAAAAAAAGAAAAGAAGAAACAACCCAGUGUGCAUGGGAAUUCGGACUACUCUUCCCUCCCUUUGUGCGUCUCGGUGGUUGGAUACGCUGUCUUGACUGGCGUAUAAGAGCUCCCUGCGUCUCCAUUACCGUUCCCCACUACGGGCUUUACCUCCGCCACCACUCCUCCUCCACCGCCUCCUGGUUUUACUCCUUCUACUUGCUCGCAUCGCAAGAAGAGCCGUUUUACUACUAAACUACGAAGCGUCAACUCCGGAUUGAGAAGGUUCAACAUUCCCAUUAACCUUCAGCUCCUGGUCCCGGUCUCACCGUCAACAUGGGCUUCAGGUGUCACUCCUCUGCCCUGUCUCCUGUGCUGAGACUAGCGGUCGUUACUGUGAUCCUCCUCCUUAAACCCCGGAGCGCGCUGGCUGGUACCGCUCCCGAGCACAGCCUGGGCAGCUCAGUUUCGGCAGUGUCCACAAACAAAACUGAAUGCAGCAAGCCUGAACAGUGCACAAACGGGGUCCUGCUGCCCAUCUGGGAGCCCCGAAACCCGUCAUUUGGAGAUAAGGUCGCCAGGGCGACGGUUUACUUUGUGGCUCUGGUCUACAUGUUCCUCGGCGUGUCAAUCAUCGCGGACCGCUUCAUGGCAUCGAUAGAGGUCAUUACUUCACAGGAAAAAGAGAUCACCAUCAAGAAGCCCAAUGGAGAAACCACCACCACGACGGUACGGAUCUGGAACGAGACGGUCUCCAACCUCACCCUCAUGGCGCUGGGGUCGUCUGCUCCAGAGAUCUUGCUCUCCGUCAUAGAAAUAAUAGGUCAUGGCUUUGAGGCCGGCACGCUGGGCCCCUCCACUAUUGUGGGUUCGGCGGCGUUCAACAUGUUCGUCAUCAUCGGGCUGUGCGUGUACGUUGUGCCCGACGGCGAGACGAGGAAGGUCAAGCACCUCCGAGUCUUCUUCGUCACGGCAACCUGGAGUAUCUUUGCCUACAUUUGGCUCUACCUGAUCCUGUCGGUGAUCUCCCCCGGCGUCGUGCAGGUCUGGGAAGGCCUGCUCACUUUCCUCUUCUUCCCCAUCUGCGUCGUGUUUGCCUGGGUGGCAGACCGCCGCCUGCUGUUCUACAAAUACGUGUACAAGCGCUACCGCACCGGCAAGCAGCGUGGCAUGAUCAUCGAGACCGAGGGGGACCGUCCGCUUCCUUCCAAGGUGGACAUUGAGAUGGAUGGAAAGAUGCUGAAUUCUCAUGGUGUUGACUUCCUGGACGGUCCACUGGGUUUGGACAUCGAUGAGAAGGAUCUGGAUGAGGAGGAGACCCGCAGAGACAUGGCGAAGAUCCUGAAGGAGCUCAAACAGAAACACCCCGACAAGGAGGUGGAACAACUCAUUGAACUUGCCAACUACCAGGUGCUGAGCCAGCAGCAGAAAAGUCGAGCUUUCUACCGGUGCCAGGCCACCCGACUCAUGACGGGUGCCGGCAAUAUUCUAAAGAAACACGCUGCGGACCAGGCCCGAAAGGCCGUCAGCAUGCACGAGGUCCGCUCCGACGCCGGCGACAACGACCCCGUCUCCAAGAUCUUCUUCGAGCCGGGCUCCUACCAGUGUCUCGAGAACUGCGGCACGGUGGCUGUGAACGUGGUGCGGCGAGGCGGUGACCUGGGCAAGACCGUUUCUGUGGAGUACCGGACGGAAGACGGCACAGCCAACGCCGGCUCCGACUACGAGUUCACGGAGGGCGUCGUCGUGUUCAAGCCGGGCGAGACCAUGAAGGAAAUCCGCGUGGGCAUCAUCGACGACGACAUCUUCGAGGAGGACGAAAACUUCCUCAUCCACCUCUCCAACGUCAAGGUGCUGACCUCCGAAGGUGAGGAGCCGGAGGAGAACGAGUCGGCCAAUCACGUGGACUCUGUGGCCUGCGUCGGCAUACCGUCGACGGCCACCGUCACGAUAUUCGACGACGACCACGCCGGUAUCUUUACGUUCGAGGAGCCCGUUUGCCACGUCAGUGAGAGCGUUGGCACGAUGGAGGUGAAGGUGCUGAGAACGUCUGGCGCUCGCGGUGUGGUCAUGCUGCCCUACAAGACUGUGGAAGGGACUGCAAGGGGCAACGGGGAGGACUUUGAAGAUGCACACGGCGUCCUCGAAUUUCAAAACGACGAAAUCUUUAAAACCAUCAAGGUGAAAAUAAUUGAUGACGAGGAGUACGAGAAGAACAAAGCCUUCUACAUUGAGAUCGGAGAGCCUCGCCUGGUGGAGAGCAACGACGCCAAAGGUCAAGAAGAGGGAAGACCAUAACCGUUAGAAUCUUAGACCGGGAGGAGUACAGUAAGGAAUCCUCCUUCUUCAUUGUGCUCGAAACCCCCGAGUGGAGACGCAAC